AUGUGUGUGAGGUGUUAUGAUUCGUGGUCAUUCCCGGAUGAGUGCAACGUGAACGGUGUCAGAGAGUUUUCUAAACACUUAGCUGUACAUAUAGCGCGUGGUCUUUACUCCGUGAGACCAUCACCACCAGCACAGAUAUGGCGAAGAGACCCUUUCUCCUUAAGAAGCAGCCACUAGUUGCGGCCCGGCGCUUGGCUCAAACUAUUCCACCUAAGACACAAUGGCAGUACAACGAGCCGGAGGUGGAUGUUGAUGACAUCCAAGGAGAUGCUUUCCUUGGCUUCAACAAACCUCAUCUUGCUAUUCUGGCCAUUGACAUAGCAGACGACACCACUGCAGCCACCAACACCAAGAAAUGGCUCACUGAUUACGUCAUUCCAUACGUCACCACCGCCAGAGAUGUCAUUCAGUUCCGUGACAUGUUCCGGAUGAUGCGCGAGAUUCGAGGUGGUAUCAAGCCGAUGACAGUGGCCGAGGUUUGUUUCAAUGUCUCAUUCUCCUAUGACGCUCUGCUGAAGUUAGCUCCAGUCGCCGAAGUCAAGACAUUCUACCAGAGUACCCACGUAGCCUUCAAGAUAGGUCUGCCAUAUCGUUCACCUAUUUUGCAAGAUCCACUGUCAGGGGAAGGAGCAAAUACAAACUGGGUUGUUGGUAAAGGCACAAACCCGCAUAUCCUCAUCCAGAUAGCGUCUGACCGUACUUGCCUAAUCCAGGAAGAGAUCGACCGUUUGCAAAGUGGGCUUGCAACCCUCGGUAACCCUGCCACGAUUACCUACCAGGAGUACGGCAAACGACGGCAUGACCUCUAUGGACAUGAACACUUCGGAUUCCUUGACGGCAUCAGUAACAUGGGGCUCAGGGGGACGUAUACGGAGCAGGGUACGGACACACAGAUGUACAUCACACCGAGAUUCCUUCACGAUACUGACACGAGAAAGGACCUGUAUGGCCUGCCUGGACAGCUGCUCGUAUGGCCGGGUGAGGUCAUCCUUGGGCUUCCUAAACAGUACCAAAACACCACGGGGGAUGCGGCAGACCCCAGCCAGCCUGGGGAAACUUCCUUCAUUGGACCGGAAUGGGCCAAGAAUGGAACCUACCUGGUCUACCGACGUCUGAAGCAAGAUGUUCCAAAAUUCUGGAAAUUCAUGAAAGACAGUGCAGAUAAGAUUUCCAAGCAGCCUGGCAUGACCGGUUUUACAAAGGAACACAUGGGUGCCAAAGUAAUUUCCAGAUGGCAGUCAGGAACACCAAUCAUUCGUAAACCACAUAAAGAUAAUCCUGAAUUGGGUUCUGACCGUCUCGCCAACAACGCCUUUCAAUACGUGUCCGACCAGGCCCCCUUCAAAUGCAAGCCAGACGGCCAGACAGACAAGUUCCCUCUGGGUAAGCCCGACGUCCCGGGGAUGGUGUGUCCCUUGGCAUCCCACCUGCGAAAGGUUCAGCCCCGUGACGCCGGCACUGAUAUCGGCAGCAGCUUGGAUACUUUGAAACACGUAGUGAUCCGCCGCGGGAUUGAAUAUGGCGAUCCGAUCGAGGAUGUCAUGGUCGACGAUGGAAAAGACCGUGGCUUGAUGUUUGUUGCGUACCAAGCGAACAUCGACAAACAGUUCGAGUUCCUCAUCACUCACUGGGCUAACAGUGAUACCAACCCACACGACGGUGGUGGCCACGAUAUGGUCAUCGGUCAAGCUGGGAAUGAUUCAGACACCGGAGUCAGAAAGCCACGGGUGUUCGACGUACCUACGGAAGAUGGCACCAUACAGCUCCGUACUGCUGACGAGUGGGUCAUUCCCACUGGGGGCGGUUACUUUUUUGUCCCCUCUAUUAGUGCUCUGACGAACGUCAUUGCCAAAAUAUAACUUUUGUAGUAUAAUAGACACAUUUUGUGGAGUCAAUGGGAGACUUUCUGGGACGAUAGA